UUCAGUGCGUCUAUUAUGUGUAUUAUCCUUUUAAUGUCCAGCCUACAAUCCCUUUCAAUACUAAUGAAAAAACAUAAAUCACAGCACGGAUAUGGUUUACAAGAGAAAACUGAAGCUCUCAUGGACUAUAUUUUGAAAGAUACGUUGAAAUCGAAAUUACCUAAAUACGAAGCAAUAGUGAAAAGUUCUGAAGAUUCUAUGCGUUAUCGCAAAGAGGGCAAUCAAUGUUAUGUUCUUGGAGAUGUCAUAAAAGCCAUAGAAUAUUAUACUAAGAGUCUGGCCUAUGCUGAUAACGAGAAACUAAUGGCUUAUGCUUAUGCAAACCGGUCAGCUGCAUUAUUCAGACUGAAAAUGUUUAGAGAGUGUCUGAUGGAUGUGGAUGCUGCUCUAUCUUUAGGGUAUUCUGAUGAAAAACCUAAACAGCUGGAGGAAAGGAGAGUCAAAGCUUUUACAAAAUUACAGAAAAGAUUAACAUUUGAAGUGUCUUCAGCAAAAAAAAAUGAGUCAGUGACAAGCGUAUCUGAGGACAGAGAUAAUAAAAGUAAUGGCAAAGAGAUCGAGCCACUUAAUCCUAUUGAAGAAGACAUAUAUGAAAUAGUGAUGGCAAAAACAAAAGAUAUUAAGAAACCACGAUUCGUUGUUGACGAAGGUCAACCAAAAUUACUUUAUGGUCCAAGUAAGGAAGCUCCGGCAGCCAGUAAUGGUGUGGAAAUUGUCUUCUCUGAGGAAUUUGGUAGACAUUUAGUAGCCACUAGAAAUUUUAAUCCUGGUGACAUUAUCACAAUGGAGGAACCUUACAUGUAUCUGAUUGAUGAAAACCGAUUUUACACUCAUUGCCAUCAUUGUUUAUCAAGAUGUUACAAUUUAAUCCCGUGUCACGCAUGUCCAGUUGCUCAAUAUUGUUCAGAAGAAUGUCGAGAAACUGCUUGGAAUUCAGUGCACAAUAUAGAAUGUUCUAUAUGGGUGUUGUGCAAGAGUGCUCUAGAAGGCGUCAUAUCGUCUAUGCGAGUAUUAAGGAAGACUCUGCGACUUUUAAUUACUUUGACUAAGGUGGUAAAAAAAUCGAGAAAUUACGACAGGAUAUGGCGAUUGCUGAAGCAAAUACAGAUAAGAGGACUGCUGGUUUCACUGAUGAAGGAAUAGUCGAUUCUAGCAGUGCACGAUCAAUCCUCAGUUUGACUACUAACAUAGCAAAUUUGCCAAGUGAUGGAAUAAAUGGGAAUGCGAAUAUAUGCACGAUAGCAACGUUAUUAUUAGCUACACAGACGAACUUCUUCGGAAAGCAAUACCUACUGAAGAACCUGCUGGACGGUGAUAUCUUUUCAGAUCUUGUUUUUUGCGCAGCGCUUUUGCUCAGGGGAACUUUGAUAAUGUGUACAAAUGGCUAUUCUGUAAGUAUCCACAAUAGCUUUGCAACCCUCCUGAGAGCCUUCCUCACUUGCUGAAUGUGUGCGUGUGUUCACGCGGAUGAGGUUUAAAGUGGAGCUUCUCCGUAAUGUAUUUUUGCGUGAGGAAAUCUUAUCUAAUGGAAUAUAUUUUAUAUAAGCAAUUUCUGUUAGAAAUUUUGCAGAUGCAAAACUUUCUCGCUUCACGUAUACAUUGAGCAAGUCAAUAUAAUUUGUCCUUGUUAUUGUAUGAACAUUAAUUAAAAUCUUCAUUUUAUCAAAUACAACAUGUUAGAGAAUACGAUGCAGGACACGGGCUUUAUAUGGUGCAUAGCCUAUAUAAUCAUUCUUGUGAAGCGAAUACAUUUUGGCAUUUUGAUGGUCUGAAAAUGAUCACCAGAGCACGGAGUCCAAUAGGUCCUGGUGAACAAAUAUUUGGUAAUUACGGUCCGGCUUGUGCCGAUAUGCCAAGAAUAAGGAGACAAAUGACAAUUGCGUCGUGUUUUUUUUUCAAAUGCAAAUUGGCCGACAAACACAAAAAUAUUACAAUCUAAUAUAGGAUCUAUAGUACAUUUGCGAAAUUCGGAUCAAUUGAUUAAUCAUUUCAAGCCACUCUAUUCACAUCUUAUGAAAAAUAAGUACGAUAUAAAAUCUAUUAAGGCUGGUCUUAAGUUAUUGUAUGACCAUACGACAAAGCCGUGUGUGGAAAUUCUUGGGCUCGAACGUUUGCUCUUAAAUUACUAUAUGGGUAAGCUGGAAUAAUUGCUCCUAUUUAGAGUGGUAACAUUAGUUUUAUAUUAGAACUCUUACUUACUUAGUUGAUUUCAAUGUAAUUACCUUCUUAAAAAAGCAUUUACAUGAAAUAUAAAAAGUAAAAGUCUAUUAGUUAAUCAUAUGUUGGGGCCUGAACAUGAUAGGCUCUAAGUUCGACGAAAGGUUUUACUUUUUAUAUUUUUCAUGUACCGUAUGCGAAUGAAUUUAAUCGUAUUUGCAUGAUAUAUGACAGUGUGUACAAUAUUGAGCAGAUUUAAAAAAAAAAGCUACUGAAGACUACUGUUAUUGUAAAAAAGCUUUUGCUAGUAAAUUAUACAAUGUAUAAACUGUAAGAGCAAUAAUAGAAAAUGAUAUACUAAUGUUAUACUAAUACUAUAUGUAUGGUAUACUAAUUCAAUGAACUUUGAUUUUUCAGAUCUGUAGAUGAGUUAUGGGGCGGCGGGGGGGUUAUUUCCGAAUGCCAUCGAUCACAGAAUCUUAAAGAAUUUUAUAUUUACAUGAGUUAUAUUCUAUAAUAAAAAAAUAUUUUUGGAUUA